AUGUUAAUGUGCAACUUAUAUAGUUUUUAUUUCUUUUUUAACAUUCUUUUAAUAAUCAUUCCUAACAUUUAUAGUUUUUUAAGCAGUAAAGUUGUUGAAAAUGUUCAACUUACAAGAGAAUUAAAAAAAUAUAUAUCAUCAGAUUCUGAUUUAAAUAAGAAUUAUAAAAAUUACCUUAAAAAAAAGAUGUUAUGUUUAAAUCUUAAAUAUCAUCUUUAUAGUAAUAUAUAUGAUAUUAUUGGUUUAAAUAAACCAUACAAAUCUUUAUGGAAUGAAAAUCCUAUUUUAGUUAUUUGCUCAUUGUUAUUUUACAGGUUUUUUUUCUUAAGUCUAUUUGAAUUUAAAUUAUUUUAUAAAUCAAUUGAGAAACACAAAGCUGAAUACAGGAAAGGAUAUUUUGGGGUUGUUGGAUAUUUACUUGCAAGUUAUUUAAUUUCAAUUAGAGAGUUUACUCUUAUGAUUAUUUGUGAUAUUAUCACUUUUAUAUAUUUCACUAGAAAUCUGAAGAUGUUAUCAGUCCUUAUAAUUUUUUAUUUAUUAACACUUAAUUUUAUUUAUUUAAUCUGUUUAGGUUUAUCAAUAUCAUUUAAUACAGUGAAAUUUUAUUUAUUAUCAGGAAUAAUCAAAUUUAUACUUUCAAGUAUUCUUAUUUACUUCAAUAGUAUAUUAAAUAGGAUUAUUUGGAGAGCAUGUACUUUUGAUUUAAGAGAUAAUAUUUUACAUUCUCCAAGAUUAGUAAAAAUUCGUAGGUUAUUUGUACCUUUUAAUCUGCUCUCUGAUUAUACUUUUUCUAUGAAACAUUUUAUGUUCUGCUUACUAAUGCUAGCAUGCCUUAAUUUACUUAUUAUUUACUCGACGUUAUAUAAGUUAAAAAAGGUUUUAAAGGGUGGUUAUGGGAAGUUUAAUUUAAAACUUAAUUAA